CUGUGCAAGAAUAUGUUUCUUGCUGCUGAACUGAAUUGUAACUCUUUACAUGCUGAUGGAACAUUCUCUUCUCGUUCCUGGAAUGGUCAGCUUCUGUUGAUUGAUGUCGAGCUUUGAGAAUAUUGGUUGCAAGUUAUUUGGUACGCGAGCAUAAAUGAAAGAAAAUGAGUCAUUCGGGGGAGGAUAGCUCAGUUUCUUAAAAGAAUAAAAUGAAGAAACCAGAACAUCAUGUAAACUUCUCUACUAGAGAUGUCAAGCCGACAAGUGAUCUUUGGAUAGAUGGGAUCAUUUGUGCUUUUGAGUGCAUAUUUAGGCAUAAGAGAUCAAUGAAUGCAAAAUGGGGUUCAAAAGCCCCAGUCAGAGAGCCAGAUGGUGAGUAUUUGAACAUGCAUAUGCCAACAAAUGGACUAAUUGAUUCGCCUUCCUUAAGCUUAGAUGGGAGCAGAAUGUUGGAAUCCUCUUCCCUCAGUGAGUUGAGGGACAAUGCAAAUCUUCCUUUCAACGACAAAGACAGUCAGAUGUUUCAAUCAGGACAAAUUGAAAGAUAUGAAGGUAGUUACUGGGUUCCAAUUGGGUGGGCUAGGAUUUCAGAGCUUGCUCAAACAGUGCAAGUGAAUGCAGUAUGGGCAUCACAGCAGUCGGGGCCAGUGGAUGAUGAAGAGGGAGUCACUGUGGCAGAUCUAGCAGCUCCAUACUGGGAACGGCCAGCAGGCCCUGUAUGGUGGUGCCAUCUGGCUGCUGGUCACCCUUUUGUCGAAUCAUGGCUCAGUAAUGCUAAGUGGUUACAUCCUGCCAUCAGUUUGGCAUUGAGAGAUGAAAGUCGACUGAUAAGUGAACGGAUGAAACACCUUCUUUAUGAGGUUCCAGUUAGGGUUGCUGGAGGCUUAUUAUUUGAGCUGUUGGGACAAUCAGCUGGUGAUCCAUUUGUUGAUGAAGAUGACACCCCUGUUGUACUGCGGUCUUGGCAAGCACAAAACUUCCUAAUAACUGUAUUGCAUAUCAAGGGAAAUGUGUCAUGCAUAAAUGUGCUGGGCAUCACAGAAGUUCAGGAGCUUCUUUCUGCCGGAGGUUAUAACAUGCCCAGGACAGUGCAUGAACUCAUAGCACUUCUUGCAUGCCGUCUUACUCGAUGGGAUGAUAGGUUGUUCCGGAAGUACAUCUUUGGUGCAGCCGAUGAGAUUGAGUUAAAGUUUAUGAACAGGAGAAACCAGGAAGAUAUGUAUCUUUUCAGCAUUAUUCUGAAUCAAGAAAUAAGAAAGUUGUCAAGACAGGUCAUCAGAGUAAAGUGGUCUCUCCAUGCAAGAGAAGAGAUUGUCUUUGAGCUUCUCCAACAUUUGAGGGGAAAUGUAGCCAGGACUUUGCUAGAAGGAAUAAGGAAGAACGCAAGAGAAAUGAUUGAGGAGCAAGAAGCAGUUCGUGGCCGCUUAUUCACAAUUCAGGAUGUUAUGCAAAGCACUGUCCGUGCAUGGCUGCAGGACAGAAGCCUGCGAGUAACCCACAAUUUAGCUGUUUUUGGGGGUUGUGGCCUUGUACUUUCCAUCAUCACAGGGUUAUUUGGAAUCAAUGUUGACGGAAUCCCUGGAGCAGCUAACACACCUUAUGCUUUUGGUCUUUUUGCUGCCAUCUUGUUCUGUAUAGGAAUAGUGCUAAUCAUUGUUGGACUGAUCUAUCUCGGGUUGAAAAAACCCAUUACUGAGGAGCAGGUAGAAGUUAGAAAAUUGGAGCUGCAAGAGUUGGUUAAAAUGUUCCAGCACGAAGCAGAAACUCAUGCUCAGGUUCGAAAAAAUAUUUCUAGAAAUAACUUGCCUCCGACUGCUGGAGAUGCAUUUAUGGCUGGUGCAGAUUAUGUUCUUAUCAAAUAAGGAGGAUCUACUGAUAGUCCUAACGAGAGGGCUCGAAAACUACGUACAUCUGCAGAAAGUGUUACUCGCAAAUCUGCCCCUUGCUAAUAGCCAAUUCUAUUGGGUUGUUUAAUUGCAAAUUCAAAUAGCUUCUGUUCAUGCAAUUAUCAUGCUGGUUAGGUAAGAACAUUACAAUGGCGAUUCUCAUGCACCUUGUACAUGCAUAAUACACAACCCAAAUUUUUUUUUCAA